AUGGACCCGACCUUUGUUGACGGCCGUUUCCACCUCACCGUGUUCAAGAACUCAACGGGCAACUACAAUAUCCUCGUCGACGCGCUUCUCGUCGGAGGCGACGCCGCAGCCGGCCCGCCCGACUCGAUCGCGAUCGUGCAGGGCGCCGUGUGCGACUCGGCCUCGUCCGCCGCCGCCGUGCUCUCGCUGCCGUUCGCAGCCUCCGAUUGGCUGCAGCGCUCCGGCUGGUGGCUGCUGCACGCGGAGGCGCGCCUCGACGCGUUCCUCGAGAACGCCGACGCGCCCACCGUCGAGGUGCUCGUUGCGCUCCUCCCGAACGCGUCGCUCCCGCGCAGCAAUGGCGGCGGGCGCGGCGGGCGCAACGGCGGAGGCAGUUCCGGGGGCGCGGGAGGCGCGCGUGGCGGGCAGGGCAGGCGCAUGGGGCUGGGCGCGAUGGCACGCGGUCCCGCCAAGCCGGGGGGGCAGCAGCAGGGCGGGCAGCAGCAGCCGCUUGCAGGUGGCUUUUCAGGUGGUUUUCCAGGUGCGGGGGCGGGCAACGGUGUGAACAGCACGGUGAGCGGAUAUGCUGUUCUGGCUGGGAAUAGUGCUUCGGGUGUCAUCUGGGGCGGGCAACUAAUGGGCGUAAAAAUCCCCUCUGCUGCUGCUGCAGCAUGA